AUGAUAAUUAAUGCAAUGCUUUCAUAUGAUUUUCGGCUAAUCUCCUUGAUGAUUGAAAACAAAAUAAUAGAAAGAAUUGUAUCCAUCAUUAUCUGGUGCCUGCGUGAUUCGCAAAGCUGCUGUCUAGUCAGAGAAAAAAAUCACAAACGAAAUCCAUUUUGGAACUCGAGAUUCAAUCCACCAUUUAAUUACGACAAGUUAAAAGGCGAAACAUAA